CUGAAAACUCCGUAACCACGAAGACCAGGAAGACUUCGUCGUUAUUAAACGUUUAUCACCGUUAAUUUAGUAAUGGAGGCCGCCAGCCUGCACCUGCAGCUCGUUUACAGCUAUGUGCGCAGGUUCUCUGGACUCGUCUGUAGAUGUCCUGCCAAGUUUCCGUCGGCUCACCUGGUCGUUAGGGGCCUGUUCAGUGCGGUGAGCGGCGCAGUUGUGUUCCUGGGAAUUGCCCAUAGCCUCCCGUUGACCUUUGACCUGAAGCUGACAGUAGGAGCUUUGUUUGUUGGUGUGUGUGUCGCUGGUGGAGUUCUGUCUUCAUCCUUUAGGUGUUCCAUCCUCCUCAUGUUUCCCAGCAUCCUCGGCUCUCGCGGCCGCACCUACCUGAUGAUUCUGAUUGUAUCAGUUCUUUACUCAGGUCCGAUCGCUAACAUCCAGCAGAACGCCGAGGCGGCCGCGCUGUCUCUGAGCUGUAAUCUGGACCUGCAGGUUCAUCACAGCAGGAUGCUGUGGAGGAGUGUCAUCCAAUCAUUCAUUGCCAUCACACAGGAGCUCAUGGACAGUAAAGAUGAGUUCCAGUUGGAGGCUCUCAACGUCAGCAGGAAGUUUCAGAACAUCAGGGAUGAAGUCAUGGAACAGUACGGAUACGACCAGUUCCAUCCUCGUAGCCAUGGCAACAGCACACAGGAGCAGUUUGCCACCAAAACCAAGAUGCAGUGUGACAGCGUGGUGAAUGAAGGUGUGCAGCGAUGCGCUGACUGGUUCAGCCUCAGGUGGGCGGAGUGCAUGGCAGCGAUACCUGUCCCUGUCAUCAACCACAUCCUCUGUGUGUCCAUGAAGUUCCACUUCCUGUGUGAUGCCAUGAGAGUCAUGACUCCGUGGUGCAGAGAUCAGAUUCCUGUGGAGGGAAACUUUGGUCAGCUGUUCGAUCAGCUCAACGUUUCAGUGGACCGCCUCUCCCAGGAGUUCCUCACUGAGCUCGUCCUGCAAGAGCAGCAGCAGUCAGUUCUGGAUGGGUCUCUGCUGGAUCAGAACUUCACUCAGUCAGUCACAGACUCCUUCCUCACCCUGACCCGGACGAUGGGACAAGUUCUGAACACCCUGCAGCUGCUGCUGUCCUUCACCUUCAUCACUGUUUUCAUCCAGGGCUUCAGUUACCUUCUGUCUUACCGGACGGACAUAUAUUUUGACAAUGUCUACAUCACCUCCUACUUCAAAAAGAUUGAUGCCCGUAGGAAGAGAGCGGGGAAACACUUCCUGUUGCCUCUGAAAAAAUCAGAGAGGAAAGAGUUCAUAUUCCCCUGGAGUCCAAAGAUUUACCCAGAAGAGCUCAAACAGGUGAUGGCCGGCGUGAUUCAGCUCCUGUCCAUCUCCCUGCUGUGUGUCGUUCUGCUGACAGUCGACUUUGCUCUGUUUCGUGUUUUGGACGUCAUUAGCAGACACACAUUUACACAGUUCAAUGUGACCAGUGGUCACCAGGUGAACAUCAAUGUGGGCGGAGACUCCAUGGUGGCCCGCCUCCUGAGGACGACGAUUUCAGGUUUCAACAGCUCUUCUGAUGUGAACAUCCACAGUGAUAACAGAGAGUGUGUGUCUCCGCCCUCUGCCCUCCCCAUCAGUGUGUAUGUGAGCUGUGUGUCUUGUGUCCUGUUGUUGGCGCUAUUCAGCUGCUUUCAGGUUUACACCAACCGCCUCCGACGGGUCAUCGCAGCCUUCUACCACCCCAAGAGGGAGAAGAAGAGAGUUUUGUUUCUGUACAACCUGCAGCUCCACAAACGGAUUUCCUUUCCUCACAGGAAGAAAAUCAUCAGUCGAGGGCCAAAGACGGUGUUCCAACGCCUGAACAGGUGGGGGCGUGGCCUCUUUCAUCAUCCCAAACAGGAAGCGUCUGACUUUGAGGUGACGCAUUACGCCGACAGUUAGAAACAGAAAGAAGAGUCUGCCGACAAACCAAACGGGAGGAUGUUCUGCUCCUCUCCUCUCAGUGUCUGAAAUAAAACAUCACUGAUGCAA